AUGAGGGGUCGUUCUCUUACUCUCGCCACUUUGGCGUUAACAGCGCAGCUCGUUUCAGCUCUUGCACCCGGUCUUGAAAUCGCCCUUACCUUGGACCGCGCAACUCAAGGCAUCAGUAUCUCGACUGAUGGACGAAAAUUCUUGACGCAGAGAUAUUCUACGACGGAUGCACCUCAAGCCGUAGAGCUUCUUAGCAACGGCACGACUGUUCUGUACCCCGACUCAACGUGGAACUCCUGGACCUCAAACUCCACCCUGGACCCCAAGAAGGCCUUUGUCAGCAUUGAUGGUGCUCGCAUCGGCCCCGAUGGACGAUUCUGGAUCGUCGACGGCGGUACCACUGAUAGUGAUCGCAAUCUUAUCAAUGGAUCUAGCAAGCUCGUUGGCAUCAACCUCGAGAGCAACCUCGUCGACAAGGCAUACUAUCUCGAUAACCUUACAGAGACCGGUAGUGUCAUCGACGAUGUCCGUUUCAAUGGAAACUACGCCUAUCUCAGCGAUACACUUGGUGCAUUGGUGGUGAUGGAUCUUACCACUGGUCAAGGUCAGCGUGUACUCGUGGGUCACAGCUCGGCUCUGGCCUGGUUCCCCAUGGCCUACAACGGUAGUCUUGUGCCGGGGUACCAGGGCGGAACCAGCACUCUUUCCGUUGGCCUCGAUCAGAUUGAGGUGUCCCCUGAUGGUGUCUAUCUGUACUAUCAGCCUUGCAACGGCGGCAUGUACCGCGUUAAGACCGAAUUCGUCAACGGAGCCUUGACGAACAGCACUCUUGCUGCCAACCUCGGAUACUACGUUGAGCCAUUCGCCCUGACCCCUUCCACUGGGGGCACCACUAUUGACGGAGACGGAAACAUCUACGUUAGCGACACCAACCUCCUCGCUAUCUGGAAAGUCAAGCCGGACGGAACUUCGUCCAUCCUUGUUCAGGAUGAUGCUCUGGUGUGGACCGAUCUGAUGUGGGUGGAUGCGAACAAGACCCUUUGGCUUCCCGCCUCGCAGAUGCGGCCCGGGGCGAACGGACUAAUGGCCGAUGGUCCUCACAACAUUUUGACCUUUCCCAUCGAGGCGGGUCCGUCUUUGAUUGACCAUGCCUAA